CCAAUGGCGAGCCUGCCCCUCGCGCGGCUCCAGCGAGCGUGAAGGCGGGCGCGCGCUGGCCGGAGAGGAGGAGAUGGGCAGAAGCUGAACAUGGCGGAUGGCGACAGCGGGAGCGAGCGCGGCGGCUUCCAGCACUUCCAGCGGGACCAGGAGACCCAGGAGCUGGCCUCCAAGCGCCUCGACAUUCAGAACAAGCGCUUCUACCUGGACGUCAAGCAGAACAGCAAGGGCCGCUUCAUCAAGAUCGCCGAGGUCGGGGCCGGAGGCUCCAAGAGUCGGCUGACCCUGUCGCUGUCAGUGGCCGCCGAGGUGCGCGACUACCUCGGGGACUUCAUCGAGCACUACGCCCAGCUGGGGCCCAGCAGCCCCGAGCAGAUCGCGCAGGCCUCCGCCGGCGAGGACGGCGGCCCGCGGCGAGCCCUCAAGAGCGAGUUUCUGGUCCGGGAGAACCGCAAGUACUACUUGGACCUGAAGGAGAACCAGCGGGGGAGGUUCCUGCGCAUCCGGCAGACCGUCAACCGGGGGCCCGGUUUCGGCGCGGGCGGCCCGGCGGGCGGCGUGCUGGCCGGCCAGACCAUCGCCCUUCCGGCGCAGGGCCUGAUCGAGUUCCGAGACGCCCUGGCCAAGCUCAUCGACGACUACGGCGGCGACGACGACGAGCUGGCCGCCGGCGUCGGGGGGGGCCCGGCGGCGGGGGGGUACGGCGAGCUCCCCGAGGGCACCUCCAUCACGGUGGACUCCAAGCGCUUCUUCUUCGACGUGGGCUCCAACAAGUACGGCGUGUUCCUGCGCGUCAGCGAGGUCAAGCCCAGCUACCGGAACUCCAUCACGGUGCCCCUCAAGGCCUGGGCCAAGUUCGGCGGCGCCUUCGGCCGCUACGCCGACGAGAUGAAGGAGAUCCAGGAGAGGCACCGGGACAAGAUGUACGAGAGGCACCGGGACGAGUCGGAGGAGGGCGACGACGUGGAUGACGACUGAGCGCGCGCCUCGAGCUGUCAAUCAAGGUCACAAAAAAUGGAUUGCUGUGCUCCACGUGUUUUACAAGGGGGAGGGGAGGGGGGUGGGGGGCGCAUUCUUAGCAAUACCGUUCCGGGGAGGGGGGGCAUUUCCCGUCAGACCCCCUCACUGUGCCGCACUCCGGACGCAAAGCGAACCUCGCUCCAGAGGCGCUGCUGGACACCAACUAACACGUCCGUGGAGCUGCAAAAAAAAAAAAAAAAAAGAGCCAGAGAACUAUAGUAUUGACAAAAUUAUAGGAAAGUUAUUACAAACCAGCAAUGACGACAAAAAGAUAUUUUCAAAUACUUAUAAAGGAAAAUGUAUUGUGUAAAGGAAAUUUCAUGAGUUACAAAUAAAGAAAAGAUUCAUUUCUUCCAACAAAGUGGACUCGCAACUUUUGUUUGCUU